UAUGAUCACCUAAAUCACUCCGUCGGCAUCUUGUUGAGUUUCAGUGGAAACGCACCGCCACUUUGCGUGUAGUUCCUUUCUGCGCUCGACGAUCAGAUUAGAAACAGAGAUGGCGACAAUCAAACAUCGCUUUGUCGAAAUUCACCAGGCACACACCGUUGUUGGAUCUGACAAGAUCUGGUCAACAAUAACGAGCAGUGAAUUAUCCGUCAUUGCUGUUUCGAGCGUGUGCCAAAAGAUUAUUGCUGCUGUACAAAGUGGGGCUUUCGAAUUCAGCGACACUUUGCUUCAUUUACAGAAUCUUGUCCUUACGUGCCCUGAUCGCCUUAAGGCAAGCGUGUUUCUUCGAACAGUUACUGCUCUUCUACAAUGUCACGCACAGCAAAAACAAUUUCACGACGCGAUCGAACUGGCCCUGACAACGACGACAACCGCUACCGCUUCGAGCUUAGUACAUCCAUAUAUUAUCAUUUGUCGACAACGGCCCGAUUUGAGCGACGAUGUUUUCUUCGAAGUCGACUUUCUGCUCUCGCAGUAUGACGAUAGUAGCUAUGACAACAGUCUCCUUGACACCAUGGGAACAUUCUUUGAUAGCAUUCUUUUGACGACAGCAGAGAACAACAACGAUCUUCGAAAAACUCUGCUUGUUCGUUUCGCGAACGCAUAUCCAUCUACAGCACUGCGCACCGAACUGUAUUACUAUCUCGCGGACGUGAUUGAACGAUAUCCAACACGCCGAGCAAUGUCAUUUUACUUGCAACUAGUCGACUUUAUUGCAGCAGUGUUCACAAGCCCAGAGAUACCCGAAGACGAACUACAGUCGAUCGCCACUACCUUGUUUUACCAACUCCUCUGUCGAGCUUACGAUGCUGCAACAUAUGGAUAUCCCACAUUACCGUAUCUGCAACGACUUGCACGGAUCUACGAGACUCGAGAUAUUUGCAGCGAUCAGCCGUUAACAACACCAAACUUUUACGUAAUGUGGUCUGGCCUGUCCUAUUUGCUGAUCACUGCUCAAACAAUCAACGAUCAAGACACUAUCCUCAUAUUGAUGCAGCAUACGAUCCAUCGCCAUCAGGCACAGCAGCAAAAGUUUGAUAAUGCAUUUCUCGUUGCCGUUCUGCCUCUUUUCCAAACUUGGACCGAAAUUGCCGAUAAUGAUUCCGGUGCAAAGCAACGCAAGUCAUUAACGCUGCAAAUAUUGUCGCAAGUAACUGAGCAUGCUUCGGUUGAAAUAGAAGAAAAACCAAAAAUUAAAGACAACAUUAUGCAGAUACUGCAAGUGCAACGGAUGACGGGCGUCAUGGCGCACAUGAUACCAUACCUGCUUAACUUUAUUGAUGGCCAGCUGGACGGUAACGCGAUACCGACAAACUCAGUGUCUCACAUACAUUCUUUGAUUUUCACUGCACCUUACGUUUUCUCCAACAAUGCCAAAGCACGCCACUCGAAUCUCGAUCGGCUUGCUCAAUUAUCAUCAAUCGCCACUGGGUCAUACUCCUUCAAAUUUCCAUCGUUUUUGCUCGUCCUAUAUCUCAUGAAGUCCAAAGAUAUCAUGACAAGUGAAACCUUUUUGCAUAUCUACCACACCGUUAUUCCGUCACUUGUUGAUGCGAACGAUCCUAUUGCAACGACUAAAAUUCUUCAAACAGUGCUUCCAUUGAUCCAUGGCCAGCACACGUCUCAAGCUCAUGAUACGACGAUGGCAGCAAUCGGACUCAAAGCUUUGGUCAAGAUUUACGAGCGACAACCACGCGUAUGGCAUGAAGUGAAGAAAGCUUUGGCAAACUGGAUCCUCCACCGCAAAUCCACUCGUAGACCGGAUGAGAAGCUGGCGAUACAGAUGGAAUUGGCAGUGCUAACAAGCAUGCGUGAUCUUUGCAAGAGCCAUCCACGAACUUGUGCUCAAGAUAUUUUGCCCAUGGUCGUUUCACUGCUUCAAACGUGCACUAAUUUGAACGUUGCUUCGUUAGCCCUAAUCGUGGAUAUCAUGUGCACUUGCAUCAGUGCGGGCCUAGCUGAAUCGCGCUCCAUGUGGAACGUCGCUGUAAGUUUCAUCGCUUCAUUUUCGAUGGAACGUGCUCAAGAUCAGAUGGCUAUCCUUUGGAUCAAAUUAUGCGACUUUUUUGCGAUUGUGGGAGACGGGAACGAAGUAUCAGAGUCAUAUAACGAGUUUAAGGACGAUGUUCUUUUCAAUUAUAUUGAACCAUUGAUGUCAUCUGAUAUUGAUGGUAUUCGAUCGAGUGCCCUUUCCGCACUCUCCCAUUUUCCUGCGGACGACAUUAUGCGGCUCCUUCCUGAAAAAGCCAAGCAGUUUACGGACGAAGUCAUUGCCGAACCAGACGAAGCGCACGCCAAGGUUCUCACGAAGCUGCUUUCUCACGAACUCGACCAUAUGCGACGCAACUUAUUUAAAGAAGAUGCACCUAGCAAUAAAUCCAAACCAGUAGACGAAGAAGCACAAGGUCAAAAUACUGCUGGACGCCCUCCUAUCGGUGAAAAGGAGGCGGAAUUAACAGGGCGCUUUGUCAAGGCAUGGGAACAAGCAGGCACUGCCCCAGGUGUUCGAGCUGGAUAUACUAUAGCCGUAUUGCACGCCACUAGCAGCCACAUGAACGACACUUCAUCUUCAGCUGGUAAUUCGAUCACCAAAACUAAAUGGUACCGCUGUAUGACCACUUCCAUCGGUGAUAUUGGCUUGACCGACCAUUUGCUUGUACGCGUAUCCUGUCUAUCCGGUUGGGUAUCAUUGUUCGAGACAGCAUUUGGUCUGGAUGACUCGACUUUUGAAAUCAAAGGCACACAAAUACUACGAGAUCUCUUGGGAAGACUUGAAAAGAGCACUGUCCCUGGAACGACCUGUAACAUACUCAUGGCACUUACUGGCUUUGUAUUGACAGCCCAUCGAUUAUCCCCUUCAUUCGGUGUGUCAUGUGCUACGCAAAUGAUCGACCUACUCUUAACAAAGUAUAUCGUGUCGACCGACCAACAACAAGGCAGUAGAUCAACACUUGUCAUGAGUGAGGAGGUUCAGUUUGCAGCAAACUUCUGCCUCGGCCAUAUUGCUGGAUGCGCUAUUUCGAAUGAAAAGCUGGCAACACAGAUGCUCAAUCUCAUGCUUGAUAAUGCGACCGCUGAAAAUGGUACUGGACGACGCAUCGACACUACUGUGGAUCUUGCACAGUUUGCACGAGGUUAUGCAGCCGCCGUUUACACAGCAGCACUUGCGACUUGGCCGACUAAGACGCAUGGUAUUGACAGUCUUGCGAAAAACGGCCUAGAAACACUGCUACAGUAUAUCAGUGCAGCAAAUCAACGCGUAUCGGAAAGUCGAGCCUUGGGUAUCAUGAUGGGGUGGACUGCCAAGAUGACACGCUCAACGGAUAUGCAGGAAAUUUGCUGGCUUGCCCGCGAAACUUUGAAAAUAUAUACAGAACAAGGAUCCCCAUCAGCACAGCUGAACCGGGGCAUUUUGCUUGGAUCCUGCUGGGUGGCAGCCUACUCAGCGGUAGACGAGGACGGCAACUUUGACUCAGACACUGCACAAGCAUUACAAGAAGCGGCGGAAACGGCAUCAAAUGAUUCAAAUAUGGCACAGAAUUACUACCACUUUGACGUGGCACUUGCAUAUUUAAAUCGAGCUCGCUUCCUCCAGCGCCACGAGACCGAACACUUCAAGAGUUUCGGUGCGCUACUACGGAAAGAGCUGCACCCGAUCAAAGAAAGCGAUGUCAAUGCUGCAGCCACUAGUAUCCUAAGCCUUGGCUGCUUGCUCGGUGUCGAUUAUCUUUCCCCAUCCGUUGACCGUGAACUACUGGCAGCAGGCGCUCGCGCAUAUAGUAAUGAAGCACGGGUCGAGGUUUUGAACACACUUGGGUAUGCGGCCGGUGUACUAGGCGGAUCACUAGCAGUCGGUAAUCUCAAGAAUACGCGUAUCGCUGCUGUAGUUUGCGGCAAGGUAAAUCAGGCUGCUCACACAAUGCGUGAUGCCAAAACACUCGAGGAAGGCGACGGCAAUAGCGCAUCGGCAGCAGCCCAACUCUUGCUAAAUGCAUCAACUGAGCCCAAAUCGUACAGCCGCCUCAGCAACAACACCAGCUUCUUACGUGCAGUAUUCGACAGUUUAAUGCAACUGAUACAUGACGCUUCGGAUAUACGUACAAUGGAGAUACUGCUGCUCAGCUUAUGUGAAACUCCUGGCCCAUUGCCUCCAGUCAAUUGGUUUCCGCUCCUGACUGACAUUUCCAGUAUCUCUCAGCAUUUACGGAUACUAACUCUAAACUUUGCCAGCCAACACGCCCUCACGUCCAUGUCAUUGACCGAAUACAUCAUUUCGCAACUUGCCGAAAAGCAAUUCGAUCCAAAGGUGCAAAUACUACUGGCUAGUGAGACAGGGCUCGGCAAAGUAUUCGAAAUGAGUGGGCUUCCCAAUCGCAAGUCUCGGACAAGUGAAGCAAAGCGUCGUGGUAUGGAUGCUGUCACUAAAAAGACCAGUAUAUCAGAAAUGCGAUGCAUCGAACUGUUUGAAGCAUAUGUUAAAACGUUCAAACAUAUGGAUACCAAUGUUCAGCUGGAGUUUGUAUCGACUUUAUCCGAACACCUUCCUCCAAUCAGCGAAACUAUUGCCGACGAACACAAGGAACUUCUCGUAAAGACACUGCGCGACAUCGUCUAUUUCAAUAUUGCGGUACCUCUACUCAACGGAAAGCAAGUAAAAUCGCCUGUAUCAAAACUUGUUCAGAAAGUGAUCGAAUGCAGCGUCAUAGACAACAGCCAAAUAAGUGAGCAAGAACUUACCACCGAAACCGCUUACGCGCAAUGCGCUGCUGUAACUGAGCUAUGCCGUCUUCGCCGGACAACUGCACCAGUCCAGCUGAUUACCACCACCGUACGACAGCUUCUCCUAAAAAGCAUUCAUGAUAAAGCUGCUUGGGAUCAAUUGGGCAAAGCUAUCCUCCAAGUGGAUUGCGACUCUACGAAGCAAAAACUAGCUUGGGUAACUCGUAUCUUGGAUACGUUGAUCGUUAUUGGAAGUGGCAAGGAGCCAGAAGAAAACAAGGCAGAGGUUUUGCUUAAGGGGUUAGCCGACGGAUUGCGACAUGUACUAUCCUUGUUUUGGUGGCUAUCUGAUUCUGGUGCAUCGAUCGAUAGAACAAGAAAUGAGCCCGAUGCGGCGGUGCUGCCUGAUACAGGAUACAUGUUUGCCCAUAUAAUGUACUUGAGCAAUGGAUACUCGCAAGAGCAGCAACAGAUGGUCAAACGUAUCUUAAAGCUCAUCUCUUUAUCCGGUACUUGGGGAUCUGAUAAGCGAUCGGAAGAAUUCUUUAUCCAAGUUAUUCGCGAUAGUCCAGAAAAAGCAAUUAGCGCACAGAAUCACGAUGAAAUUGCGCGGAUAGUAACAUGUGAAUAGAUACAAUGGUUUUGAGAUCUACAUUGCCUUUAUUACU